AUCUUCCCUAGUAAUAUUCUCUCUCUCUCUCUCUCUCUCUCUCUCUCUCUCUCAGGUCGUCCACCCUCAAGCUUUUGGGCUAAGGCACCAGCAGGCUGCUGGGCUUCUCAGACAAUACCAAAUUAAAGGACUAUGCAUGCGACCAAGAUGUAUUGUUGAGUUGCUCUUCGUCGUCGGGCCUUUUCCAUUUACUGGAGAUCGGAUGUCAGUGUUUGUCAAACAGUACGCCCUCGUUUUCCUAGGAUUCUCACUUUUACAGGUAAAUAAUAGCGGAGUAGUUGAAGAUAGAGAACUACCAACUUCACCAGAGAACUAGUGGAUUUCAGAUGUUUAGGAGAAAUUGCACAAAGCUUAACCAGGCAAUAGGGAUACAGAGAUGGCCAAGCAAUCAGCACAAGGAUUCCAUCUCCAAAGGAGGCUUGUCCACAAAAACACUGAACUCUUGUGACCCAACCACUGCCAACCUUAAUUUUUCUGAUCCAAGUUAUAGUUCAUGGGUGAUGGAACAUCCCUCUGCAUUGCACUCGUUUGAUCGGAUGUUAAGUGGUGCAAAAGGGAGGAGGAUCGUUGUGUUUUUGGAUUACGAUGGUACCCUCUCACCUAUAGUAGAUGACCCCGAUCGAGCCUUUAUGUCUGAUGAGAUGCGAUCGGCUGUACGUGAAGUAGCAAAAAAUUUUCCAACAGCUAUAAUCAGUGGAAGAAGUAGAGACAAGGUGUAUGAGUUUGUACAGUUAACAGAGGUAUACUAUGCUGGGAGCCAUGGGAUGGAUAUAAUGGGUCCACCAAGGCAACACAAAUCCCGCGAUAGCAAGCACCAAACCAAGGUUUUCGAUAAAGAGGGUAAUGAACUUGCUCUGUUUCAACCUGCCAAGGAUUUCUUGCCUUCAUUAAGAAAUAUUUUCAAUGCAUUGGAGGAAAAGACCAGGAAGAUCAACGGAGUCAAGAUUGAGGACAAUAGGUUCUGCAUCUCUGUACAUUUUCGACGAGUCCGAGAGGAGGACUACUGCUUAUUAGAAGAAAAAGUGAAGUCUGUACUCAUUGGCUACCCAGACUUCCACCUAACAACUGGUAAAAAGGUUUUAGAAAUUAGACCCUCUAUAAAGUGGAACAAAGGACAUGCCUUGGAAUACUUGCUUGAAAAUCUAGGUUUUGGAAGCUCUAGUGAUCUUCUCCCGUUGUACAUUGGGGAUGAUCGAACCGACGAAGACGCUUUCAAGGCCAUACGAAAUAGGGGACAAGGCUACCCCAUCAUUGUAUCUUCAAUCCCAAAGGACACUAAAGCCUCCUACUCCCUUCGUGACCCAUCCGAGGUGUUGGCUUUCUUGAUACGCCUAGCGAGAUGGAGGAAGAGCUCUUCCUCAAGUAGGUCACUGAGCUAAUGUUGGGAUUUGGUAACUUGAAGCCAGAGUUUUAGCCAUAUACACAGGAUUACAGAAGGUAGGUUGUCAAAGAUGAGAUAGGCCAAGCAGGAAUAAAAAUAGAAUAGGUUUUGGGUAAGCACUGUGUAAAUUUCCCAACAUAUAUAAAUGACUGUCACUACUGGCAAUUGGGAAACAUUUUGUCAUUUUAUCCUCAGUAGAUUUGGGGUAAAGAUGUGUGAUACUGUCACCACUUUCCACCAACUUCUUUUUUUUUUCUCUUUUAAAAUUUUUAUUAGAGAAUUGUGUUAGACUUUUGUUAUUUGAAUUCCCUGAAUGACCUUAACGGGUUGUGAUGUUCAGUGAUUCAUUUAAAAAGCAAUAUGUUUUAUUAUAGUCAA